AUGGCAGGGAUCAGCGUCAUCAAACUCCUUGUCGACUAUGAGGUCUUUGAUGCUAUCCCAGAGUCAGAGGAUAUUUCCAUUGUCGAGCUCUCCAAUAAACAGGAUGUCGACGCGGGUCUCCUGGAACUGUUCAACUUAGUCACGGGGAUGUCUUCUCCUCUGCGACAUCCGGUUGCGGCGAGAUAUGAUGUCCUCGAAACAGUGACCUACAAAUCGGAUAUGAUAAACCGUGCGAUGGCCACUAGGGAACAGCUGCCGACCACAGAGAUGUAUGACUUCUCAUGGGUUGGCGCCGCAGCUCAGAAGAGGAAACUGGGAUCCAGAAGCAACAUUGUGAAUGGCGGCGGAAGGAGACAGGCCCUCCGAGCCAUCCUCCAGGGAAACCUGUACAUCCCAGCAGCGCUGUUCGUGCUUAUGGACAGGGUUCCGGCCAUACGUGAUGCGAAGCACGAUGACGACUCGACCUUAUGCCACAUCCAGCAGGUGUCCGCCGCUGCUUCAACUCCUUUCCACACGGAUGGCACGCCGAGCACGCGCAAGCCUUGUGAUAUAUCGUGCUGCCAAAUUUCCAACAAUGGCCUCAGCACCAAGCCAGGAUCUCGGCACUGCGAAAGUGAAUCCACUAAUUACGUCUGGCCGCAAAUUCCUAUGCAGGAUGCUGCUGACUACAUGAUUCCGACGCCCACUUAUGCUGAUGCAAAUGGUGAAAUGCUGGAGCUUGCAAAAGACUGA